UUGGAACAGUCUCAUUUUGUUAUUGUUCCAUAUGCCUAUUAACAAACUCUAUUUUCCAUUUAAAAGUUGAAUAAUGGCUAAUAAUUCGCAUUUACACUCUUGGCAUUUACGUAGCAUGAAAAUAAAUGUGUUCUUAAUAUUAUUAAGUGAUGGACAAUAAAGAAAUUUAACAUCCGCCCACCUAUUUUGAUUCAGUGGGCAAUCGUUGGGAAACUUCAAAAUUCGUAGCAGAGACGACAAUUAGGUAGGUUUUAUUUAUCAUGUCAGAACCAGUACCUGAAGAAGCUGAGGUGGCUCCAGCUUUAGUCCAUGAUGAUGCAGAGGCAUCGGAAUACUAUUUCGAAAGUGACCCUUUGGCACUGAGAGAAAAUCAAGAUUAUCAGCUGCUUAUUAAUGCCCUUGUUAAAUUACAAGCCCAAAGAGCCAAAGCAGUGAAGGAUGUGGACCGUCUUUUGGAAGCACGGGAGGAGGCAAUGAAGGAUCCUUUAAAAUUUGUUACAGCUUUAGAGAAUGGAGAAAAUCUCAAUCUUCCAGGACCGCAAGAAAUUAUCCAGAUACCUCAUAUUGACUGGGAAAAAUACAAUGUCCAUUCCUUAACACAAGGGAUGAGGCCAAAAACACGCAAGAGAAUCCACAAAGAAAGUCAGUCACCUCAUCAAGAAGUUACACAGGAAACAAAGGAUACUCAAGUCAUAGAUGGAAAAAUAUUAGUUCGUGGGCGUGCUUAUGAUGAAAGUAAACCACAGACGUUCAAUCAGUCGUGGAGUGACGAAGAGCAGCGAAAAUUAGAGGAGCUGCUGAUUAAAUAUCCAGAUGAACCGAUUUCGUACCAACGUUGGUCGAAGAUUUCAAAGGAACUUGGUACAAGGACACCACUGCAAGUUCAGAGUAGAGUACAGAAAUUUUUCAUUGCACUCAAGAUGCAAGGGUUACCUGUACCUGGUAGAAACCCAAGGAAAGCAGUUCUUAGAAGACAUUAUGGUACAAAAAGACGUGGAGGAUUAACAUAUUCACACGGUAAUGGGAAGGCAUCAUCCUUUAUGACAGCCUUUGACAUGUAUGAGGAGAAGCCUGAUGUGGGCAUAUCAGCACUGAACCAGCCAGAAUCUGCCACAGAAGUAUCUGAUGAGGAGGAUAUAGCAGAGGAGUUAAGGAAUAGUAAAGAAUAUCAAGAGCUCAUCAAACUAAAACAAGUUAAAGCCCUUAAGGAACAGGAGAUGAACACAGGAAUUAUAUCUCACAUUGGUUUUUCUUGUGACAGGUGUGGUGUAGACCCAAUAGUUGGUACUCGAUGGCACUGCUUGGAAUGCCCAGCUUCGACAAGUCUAGAUCUUUGUGAAAAAUGUGUGAGAGGCAAUUUUUCUACAGAAACUCACCAACCUGCUCAUGUUUUACAGCCAGUUAAGGCUCUGUGUAUAAGAGACACUAUGGCAGGGCCCAUUUAAAUUAAACGUUUAGUGAUUUGUACUACAUUACAAUGUAUGCAAAAUAAGUUUCAUGAACUACCUCAGUUUACUGUGACAAAUAUAUAACAAUAUUUUUCAUUUUCAGCUUGUUAAGAUCUUUUUUUUUACUGAAAUCUAUAGUGCAUGAUUUGAUUACUUUAUUAAAAUUGGCAUCUCAUUGAACUAUGGUGUUGGUACCAGAAAUAAAUAACUUGCAUAAUAAAGAGAAAAAUCAUGAUAUAAAUCUUCCCAGAAACAUUCAGUAAGUCCAUAUAAGUGGUCAAUGAUGUCAGAAAUACAUAAUUUGUGGUAGGGAGAAAUAAGCUUUAACAGAAAUGAAUAAUUUGGAUUAUGAAGAUAGAAUCUUGAUAAAGGUUUUCCAAGAAACAUUACUUAAACCAUAAAGGUUUUCUGAUGUUCACAUCAAAUAUAUUGUAGUAUGAAACUGAUGAUAAAAAAAUAAAAUAAUUCAAACCUAAAAAUUACUUUUUAUACA